CAAAAAUGGCUGCUACUUCUCCUGCUUCGCUCUCUCGCUUCUAUGUCAGUUCAAGACAUUCUCCCCCUCAAUUUUUCUUCUUCAACUCCCCUGGAACCGGAAAAGUUAGUUCUCGAACCCAUACUGCUCGGUUCAAGUGCUCGGCCGGGCAGACUGGGUUUUUCACGCGAAUCGGCCGGUUGAUAAAGGAGAAGGCGAAGAGUGAUGUAGACAAGAUCUUCUCUGGUUUCUCCAAGACCCGAAACAACCUCGCUGUCAUUGACGAGCUCCUCCUCUACUGGAACCUGGCUGAUACAGACCGAGUCCUCGACGAACUCGAGGAGGCGCUUUUGGUGUCUGAUUUCGGGCCUAAAAUCACAUUCAAAAUAGUGGAUAACUUGCGUGAGGAUAUACUGUCUGGGAAACUUAAAUCAGGGAAUGAGAUAAAGGAAGCAUUGAAGAAGAAUGUUUUGGAUUUGUUGACCGGGAAGGGGAGUAAAACUGAUCUUCAACUUGGAUUCAGGAAACCAGCGGUAAUAAUGGUGGUUGGUGUUAAUGGUGGUGGGAAGACAACAUCUCUGGGUAAGUUGGCCUACAGAUUGAAGAAUGAAGGGGCUAAGGUAUUGAUGGCAGCUGGUGAUACAUUUAGAGCAGCUGCCAGUGACCAACUGGAAAUAUGGGCUGAGAGGACUGCAUGUGAGAUAAUUGUUGCUGAAAAUGAGAAGGCCAAAGCAUCAUCAGUGCUAUCACAGGCUGUUAAAAAGGGGAAAGAACAAGGUUAUGAUAUUGUAUUAUGUGAUACAUCUGGACGUCUUCACACCAACUACAGCCUAAUGGAAGAGUUGAUUUCUUGUAAAAAGGCCGUUGGUAAAGUAGUUGCUGGUGCACCCAAUGAGAUUCUUCAAGUUUUGGAUGGCACUACUGGUUUGAAUAUGUUGCCGCAAGCACGAGAGUUUAAUGACGUUGUUGGUGUCACUGGUUUGAUUUUGACGAAGCUAGAUGGUUCUGCCAGAGGGGGUUGUGUGGUCAGUGUGGUAGAUGAACUUGGAAUCCCUGUGAAAUUCGUGGGUGUUGGGGAAGGCGUUGAAGACCUUCAACCUUUUGAUGCAGAGGCCUUUGUCAAUGCCAUAUUUAUGUAGUUCAAUUAUAGGAUUGCAUACCGUCAUCUGGAUUUAUUGGUUGAACAAGUUGACUGAAGAAGAAAGAAUGCAGUGUCCCCGGGGUUAGACCACGUUUUAGAAGACCAAGCAGACGGAAUAUACCAAGAGCCAGUAGUAUAUUGACAUUUGAGGGGUAUGAGAUGCUUUGCAUGUCUGUGGCUGCCAGACAUUUUCUGUGGGACUAAGAGAGAAUCGAAAUUAAGAGGAACAUCCCCGUUUGUUGUGUAUAUUGAGUGAUACCGUGCAAAUGUAAGCAGUAAAUUCAUGCUUCUUUGCCUGGAAUGAAGAGGGACAUUCCCUUUGAUUGGAGUGUACUUUUUUUAAUUUAUAAUCCUUCUUUUUUUUUUUUUUUGGUUGGACU